UGGAUGGAUGGAUAGCAUUCUUCAAAAAGACAUUCCCUCUUUUGGCAUUUUGAUGGUGGUGGUGGAGAAUGCUGCAUAAAACACUGGUCCGAAACCUCCCAUAGGUGUUCAUUGGGGUGGAGAUCUGUUGACUGUGAAGGUCAAAACUUAUGAUUUAUACCAUUUCAUCGAACCAUUUAGUGACCCUUUCUGCCCUGUUGAUGAGAACAUUGUCAUUCUGGAAGAGGCCACAUUUGCUCUUAGCCACUUGUGGAUAGUAUGGUAAAGAAUGACUCAUCUGGCCAUAUCAUUUUUUUUUCCACAUCUCUGUAGUUUUUCUUGCACCCCUGAACUCUCAAAGAUGCAUUCAUCUUUGUAAAGAAAUAUUUAAGCACUGCAGCUCUAGUAUACUGUCCCUGUCUGUGUAAUUGUCAGCGCUGUCUUGCCUGAUGGUUUAAUUCCAUCUCACAUUCUCAGAGACGUGAGGAAGGGUUGCUUUUUUUUGUUUUUGCAUUCAUAUCUUAGCUGGUCACACUUUAUAGCCAUAUUUACUGAUUUGUUUCCCAAAGAUGUAAACACAAAUGUCACUUUAGUCUCUGUUACUUUGGAAACACUUCCCAGCUGGGCAGUCUUUGUGACUGAAGCUCCUGCCAUCUAUGCUCUAGCAAUUUACACUCAUUGAACGACACUUAUAUUUUUCCUCUUGCCAUCGUGAUACAAAAUCACAAUCAAUCUGAUCAAUGUAAUCAGUCAGAUCAGUCUUUGUCACACAGUUGGGGGUUAACCGUAAAUUAAAAACACACAUUUGUCCCUUUUAAGGCUUUACUGCAAUAAAGCUGAAUAAUCUGACAUGGAAGGUUAGUGACCAAGGUGAAAAAAAGUCAUUUUUCAUUUCAUGGGGACUUUAACUGGGAGAAGUUCCUCCAUAAGCUGCAGUCACACAUCCACAUUUUCGAGUUCAGGUUAGGUUUACUUCAUAUUUACUAGUUCGUGUGCUGCGGCAGAUAGUGUAUUAAUUAAGUCGAAAAGUCAGAGUGGAUCAGUAAAUAUGCAGCGGAUGAUGAUUCCUGUGCCAGGUUUUUUCUCUGCAGUGCUAGAGGCGUGAGAGUGAAAGAGCAGUGCCGGUGUCAAAGCACUCGUCUUUCUUCAGCACACACCUUAAUCCCCCCACAGCCCCUCCAUUGCUCCCCUCCUCAGAUCAUUUACAUAUCAAGGUUGCAGAUAUAUAUGAAUGGACGUGACUUACCACUCGGCACUGGAAAAGAGGAGAAAGGGAUUUAAUUGAACUUUGGCUUCUUGAAGAAUCAUUUGCAUUAAUGUUUUCAUGCAGAGUGACACUGUACUGUCUUCAGCAGAGCUCCGGGGGAUUUCUUUGCCACCAGAUGAGGGGCUCUUGUUUGCUCUCGAACGAGCUUUCCCCUCACUGUCGUAGCUCUCUAAUACCAGGCAGGGAGGAGGCGCACGAGCACAGAUUGAUGGAUGAUUGUUCGGCUGAUUACAAUCACAAUUGCAGGUAUGCUGCAAGGUAAUGAAGCUUGGUGGCUAAUAACACAGCGCUGAUAUUUGAUAAGAAACCUCAUUUAAACUCAAAGGCACGACGCUCAAAGUCUCUUCUGGGUUUGAUCAGUUCUGUGAAGGUCAGAUUCCUGUUUGGGAUGAUGGUGUUGAUGAGAGAAAAAAAGACACAUUUUUAAGCAGAUUAUGUUUUGAUACUUACUGAAGUCUUGUGAUAUUUCCUUAGACCCUAAAGAUGGAAGUCAGGGUGGUGUUUUAUCAUUGAUUGGUGCCGCUUUGAAGCUCAAAAUUGCAGCUGAUGAUUGGAGCCAAAUUUUCCUUUUGGAACCAGGACCUUCCAAAUCAGGAGUGCAGGGUGUUGCCUUUGACACUGAUUAAAAUGAAUUAUUGUUUACAGAAAUGAAAGACCCAUUGACAAAUGGGCUAAUGCCACUUUCUGUAACAGUAUUGUAAUUGUGAAGGAAAAAUUACUCUUGCUGCUGUUAGCUGUUUUCAUCCCAAAUUAUCUUCCAACAAGCAGACGUGGGAGGAGGAAGAUAUCCAAGAUAUUGACUAUUCUGAUAUGACUAAGCAGACAAGUUGUCUCCUUAUUGGUCUGUAAUCUAAAUCUGACCCUUCUCCCAACUACAGUAUAUUCCCGAAGACCAGAGAGAAUCCUCAGAACUGAUGCUGGCAUUGUGUGCAUGUCCUACCGCUCUGUCGGUGUCACUUCUCCUGAUGUCAGUAAACCUUACUCGCAGCCUAAGUCAUCCGAGUCUCCAGGGUGUCUCUUUGUGUCUGCCUCCUCAUCCUCUCUCCUUGCUGAACUUCCACAACAGUUAUCAAAAAGAGCAGUUACAGUCCCUCUUUGGUCAUUCUUUGCGCGCUUGAAACUAAUCUCUGUGUAUCAAUGUUAAACAUUAAUAUUAGUAAAAGUUUUUUCUAGGAAAAUAAUCUAAUCCUGCCUUAAAAUGGUUUAGAUGUAACUAUGCAAUGUUGUGUACUCUAGAAUGUGCGGAUCUAUGAAGGUCCUGGCUAUUUCUAUUACUACUACUAGUCCACACUACACAAUGGCAAGUUUGAACAGAACAAGAAAAACGGUAUGAAAAGUCCCUCACUGCAAGCUGACAGGAUUGGUUCUUUAGGUUACAUAUGACACCUUGGAAGUCGGAAUUAGUUUUUUUUGCAUCACAGUUUCAAGGCGGAAAUGCUUAUUUCACUUACAGUGUCUUACAGUGUUUGAACAAACAUGACAUGAACAUGUUAAGGUAAAAAAAAAACUUGCUUUCACCAAAGCCGAUCCAUUGACCUUGUGAGGGUCUUGUUUAACUCUGUAGCCACAAACACACUGUAACUGCAUGUCUGUAGAAAAACCACAGUGUUUAUCCUUUAAAUAGAAGCUCCAAAAGUCAGAGACAGGGUGAGUUCAGGAGCAGCAGGCGAGCCAACUGUGAAUCACAGCUGUCACACAGCCACACAACAAACUUCAAAGCCUUAAUAAGCCUUCAGAUCUUAUUAAGGAAGCAAUAAUUUACUAAAUGACCACCAGCACACUUAUUACAGGACCUGAAUUUGGUGAUGGAGGCCAUAAUGACUUGUUGAUAAAAAAUGAUUGAUUUUCUUGUGAGAUGUUGCUGUUUGAAAGGGAGCCAAUAGGAGGCAGUCAUUUUUUGUAGCCAGCACCGAGAUUGUACUUUGAAGUACAGUACUUUUGCACUUGCACAGUCUCAAGUAGUGAUAGUUGCGACCUCAAAAUUACUACUGACCCUUUAUGCAUGUUUUAAAGUUGCAAAAGCAAGAAAUGGAGGACAUCCUGAACAGUGGAACUCAGUCUGGUGGCUCCACCUGUUACCAUCUUGGCAGUGCUGGACAGUCCUAAAUCCUAAAUAAUCUAAAAAUGAGCAAAGAGGUACAGUGUGAGUAGGCUCAGGUGAGCCAUCUAAACAUCUCUAGAUCAUCCUGUAAUACUACUCAUAUGUUAUGCAGAGCAGUCAUCCUUAAUUAUGCAUAACUUUAAGCCUCAAUACAAUGUAUUUAGAUGAGCUAUAUAAAAAUUCACUUCCCAUACAGUAGUCAUGAAUGGGGAAAUCAGCUGUAGAGACUAACAUUGUUUUUGCAGCAGGCUGUAAACAUGUAUAUUUCCACUGUAAAUUUGGACCUUUUAUCAUGAGGGUCUGUGGGGAUUGACGCACUUUUGGAGCCAGCCUCAAGUGGACAUUCAAGGAACUGCAGUUUUUGACAGCUGACUUAAGUUUGUUGCUUGUUUUCAGCCCUUGUAGUCUAAAAUAAGUGUGUCAUGUCUGAGCCUCAACUCUGAUAGAAUCUUAGACCAGCUUUCACACAGUAAAGAAAUACUACAUGAUGAUUGCACUAUAGCAAAAUGAGCUUUCUAAAAAUAAUGACCAGACUUAAUAAUGAUUACUGUAACCUACUUAGUUUAUAAUGUGCACACUACGUAUGUAGUAAUCAACACUACCAGGGCUGCCAACUUGUGACCAGACCUUAGAGUGAGAUUUGGUUUGUGCGGGAUGCUGACAGGGGGUCUGGGGGUCCUCCCCCAGAAAAUUUUGAAAAUAUUUGAUGCUAUUUCCUGCAUUCUGGUGUCAUUUAAGAGCUUUUUGCCUGUUAAAAUGUUAUUAUAGAGAUAACAUAGGGAUAAUAAAAAAAACAUUGAGCUUAAAAAAAAUCUGAAAAAAAACAGAACAAGGGCAGGCAGUAUUGAAAAUAGUUCUUCAUGUAAAAUAUGGAUGAAAGUUCUGUGGUUGGAUGUGCACAUAGGGAUGAUAAUCAAGAACCGGUUCCUCGAUGCCAUCGAUAAGAAAUGGAUCGAUUUCCCGGAAUCGAAUGCCGUUUUGAGAACCGGUUCCCGUUAUCGAUGCCUUGACGUCACUUUCACUGCCCUUACUGCUUUCACUUCAUCCUGCUGUCGCAAUUUCUGUCGGCGAAUUUCCCAACUAACAACCUCCAAACCACAACUCUAAAAAUGACUUACACUUUGCCACACUUCACAUACAUACCUGUGCUACAUCUGCGAUUCCCCUUUUUCUCUGCUGGAGACCACAGUUAGCUGAACGCCACCCUCAUUUCCAUCUCAGAGCUAGCAUGAUAUGGCUAGCUUCCACGCACGACCGGUAACACACGUUACUCAUACAUUAAAACGUUGGACCCAGAGAGCUGGUGGGCAAAUACAGACCUAUGGACAUUCACUGCUGCCCGUAUGUCAUUCUUUUAAAAACUAAAAUAAAAAACGUUCUGUCUCUCCAAACUGAACUCUGUCACUAGCCUCGUUGUGACAAUGGGGCGGUAAUGCACCAAAGUGAUGGAUGCCAACCGUCAUAAAACCAAUGAAGAAGAAGAAGCUUCGCGAGACCUGACGUAUUCAGUUGCGUGGGUGCAGUUGUCGUGAGAUUAGAGCCCACAGCGGGAACAAUCCAUGGAGCGGAAGAAGCGAUCGCGGACAUGGCUUCACUUUUUCAAGAGAAACGAGGAAAAGGCUGAACGUAAUCACUGUGACGCUGCGCUCUCCUGUAAGGGGGGAAAUACGACCAAUAUGCUAAAACAUUUGGAGGCAGUUCACAACCUCAAGGUCCUCAACGCCGGUCGUGUCUUCGAGACGUGGAAACAAGGCGAGCCAGAGUUCAAACGUCACUCUUCGGCUUCCAGCAGUGUCACGGAUAGUUUAGGAUCAGGCGACGCCGACAUGUUUUCCUUUUCAGGUUCGUUGCUAGCUAUUGUUUGCCCAAUGACUGCCAUAGCGUUUUAAAACGCUAUCGUUAGCUCGGCUAACUACGUAACUUGCUUGUGUCGGAUAACAGCGUUAUCUUAUAUUCAACUCUUAGAUUGUGUUGGUCUGUCUAGAAGUAGUAGCUAACGUUAUUUGUGGAAGUUAACGUUGGAGCCUUCAAGAUGUGAAAUGAAAUAAGAACGAUGCUAACGUUAGAUAUCCUGUUUCAGAUGACGAUAACAGAAGCAGCCAGAGUGACAGAGGCAGUGACAGAGGCAGUGGCAGUGCUAGCUCUCUGCUUAACCCUUUCUCUCUAGCAAAGUACAACGCUGAGCGCAGCAAAAUGAGUGAGGAUGAGACAAACAUCACUCGCCUUCUAACGCGAAUGUUGGUGAAAUGUCUUCUCCCUUUCAGUUUGGUCAACACAGACGAAUACAAGUAGGUCAAUUUGUAUUUUUCAGAUGUUAAAGGUCACUAUCAGGCUUUAUGAACUUAAGUUUAAGUUUAUUUGGAUUGAAUGCUUAAUUGUAUGUAUAUUCAGACUGUAUCUUGUUAUCUGAAUAGUUCUGCUUAAUUAAUUCCCACAACAAUGUUCUGUAGGGAGGCUCUAGCAGCUCUGAACCCCAAGUACAAGCCCUUCGACAGACUCAAGCUGUCUGACACCCUGGUCCCAGCGUGGUACGAGGUUGAGAAGGCCAAUCUCAUCUCUGAGCAAGAGCAAGUUAGCAAGGUAGCCAUCACCGCUGAUGGCUGGUCAGCUGUCACGCAGGAUCAUUACCUCACAGUAACUGUGCACUAUGUUUGGAAGGGUCAGUUAAAGGAGAAGGUACUAAAAACCAAAGCUGUGUUUGAGGCUCAGACAGGGCAUGCCGUUGCUGAGGAGAUAAAUGAGAUCCUGGAGAAGUUCAAGAUCCAAGACAAAGUUGUUGCAGCAACAGUCGAUAAUGCUGCCAGUAUGAGUGUCGCAGUCAAGAGACUCCAGCUACUCAAGUUCGGGUGUUUUGCCCACACCCUGAAUGUGGCAGCGCAGAAGAUCUACACCAUCUUGUCAGUCUCCAACUGGGCAGCCAGAGUUCGCGCGGUGUUCGUCUGGAUGAAGAGGUCACACAUGGCCAAAAUUGUCUUGAAGGAGAAGCAGCAGCUCCUCAGCCUGCCCCUGCAUCAACUGAUCCUGGACGUAAGGACAAGAUGGAGUUCUCUCUACCAAAUGAUUCAGAGAUUUUUCGAGCAGUACCCCGCUAUCCAGGCAACUCUGAUGGACCCACGGAUCAGAAAGCAUGCGGAGAAAGACCGAGUCAACAGCUCUGAGAGUGCAGACUUGAGGAAGACAGAGGAAUUUGUGGAGCUGAUGGAACUGUUCCACACAUCUACUCUCUGUGUCUCAGGCGACAGAUAUCCCACCUGUAGCCAGAUUAUUCCAAUCCUGCAGAAGCUCAAGAGCCACUUCACUGCCUGCCAGGGGGACUCAGCCUUUGUAGUGGCUAUCAAGCAGGUCAUUUGGGACGAUCUUUCCAAACGCUACAAGGACAGGGAUGUGCGUUUCUUCCUUGAGGAGUCCACAGUGAUGGACCCCAGAAGGUUUCACUACAGAUUGGAGGAGGAUGUCAUCUGGGGUAGGCUGAGGAGAAGAGCCGUGGCUGACCACCACAGAGUGGAGCCAGUUGCAGAGCCAAUGAAACAGAUACAGAGGCAGGACCUUGUGGUGAAUGAAGAACAGAGACCAGCAGCUGCUGAGAGGAAGAACACUGCCUGCCUGGAGGACCUGUUUUCAGAGGACGACAAUGAACAGCAGCCCAUGCUGCCACAGAUGCGUAUCGAAGACAGAGUUGACCAGGAAGUCCAAGUUUACAGAGGCCUUCCUUGCGUCAGCAUGCAAACCAACACUGCAAUUUGGUGAAACAAUAAAAGAGACACUCUGCCCCUUCUGUUUGAGCUCGCCCAAAGGUACCUGGUUGUUCAAGCAAAUUCAACGCCAAGCGAACGCGUCUUUUCAACCGCGGGCGACACCAUUAGUGAAGAGAGGAGCAGACUUGAUCCAGAGAAGGCAGACAUGCUAAUUUUUUUUGAAAAAAAACUGUUGCUUUUCUUUUGUUUUUUUCUUAAGUUCCAGAUAAAGCUGCCUUUUUUCCCAGAUGUUUUUGUUGUUUUCCCGUGAAAUUCUUAUCUGUUGCUUCUUAAACGUGCAGCAAACUAAAUAAAUGUAAGCUUUUGUUACAAGCCGUACAUUAUCUGCUUUUUUUCCCAUAUACAACAACCUAUCAGGCAUUGAUAAGAGAAUCGAUAAGGAAUUGAAUCGAUAAGUGGCAUCAAUAAUGGCAUUGACAUCGAUAAUUUCUUAUCAAUUAUCAUCCCUAUGUGCACAACACAUUUCAGCAUUUUCCAUAAAUUUAUGCAUAAAAUUUAUGGAGUUUUCCCAGCUUGUUUUAAAUCUGCAAUUGUUAAACCCUUAUUGAAGACACCUGGCCUGGACGCUGACUCCCUUACUAAUUAUAGGCCCGUGUCAAACCUGUCUUUUUUGUCAAAAGUUUUUGAGAAAGUGGUUUCAACUCAGCUAUUGAAAUAUUUGUCAUUAAAUAAUCUUUUUAAGCCUCUUCAGUCAGCUUUUAGUGCAAAUUAUUCCACAGAAACAGCGCUGACUAAAGUGGUGAAUGAUUUGCUUCUAGCUGCUGACUCAAAGGCAUCAUCUGUUCUGUUGUUGUUGGAUCUCAGCUCAGCUUUUGAUACAGUGGAUCACAGCAUCUUACUGGACAGACUGGAAAAUUAUUUCGGCAUCUCAGGCCAGGUGCUGAAAUGGCUGAGGUUUUACCUGUCAGAGAGAUCUCACAGUGUUUUCUUUAACAACGUGCUCUCUGAAUCCUGUGCUGUUAGACAUGGUGUACCGCAGGGGUCUGUACUAGGACCCCUGUUGUUUUCCCUUUAUCUGACACCUUUGGGUCAAAUUUUGCGGUCCUUUGGGAUUUCUUUUCAUUGCUAUGCAGAUGACCUACACCUAUACAUGCCCUUGGUCCCUCAAAGUGUUUUUGACACUGAUAAACUCUAGGCCUGUCUCUCAGCUGUUAGGAGCUGGCUAUCAACGAAUUUCCUGCUCCUGAAUUCUGCCAAGACCGAAAUGAUGGUGAUUGGACCUGAAAGUGUUAAUCCUCUGCUUGAUGACUUUACUCUGUCUUUGGAUGACUGUGCUAUUCAUUGUAAAGACAGAGUUAAGAAUCUUUUUGUACUCUUUGAUAAAACCCUCUCAUUUAAAUUCCAUAUUAAAGAGGUGACCAGAUUGGCCUUUUUUCACCUCAGAAAUAUCUCUAAAAUCAGACCAAGUCUGUCAUUUCAGGAUGCUGAGGUCCUAAUUCAUGCUUUUGUUUCCUCACGGUUGGACUAUUGCAAUGUCCUUUUAUCAGGUCUCCCAAUGAAGAGUCUUCAUGGUCUGCAGAUGGUCCAGAACGCAGCAGCUCGCGUUCUGACCAGAACAAGUAAAUACGAGCAUAUUACUCCAGUGCUGGUCUCUCUGAAUUGGCUACCAGUUCAUGUUAGAGCAGACUGUAAGGUGCUGCUACUAACCUAUAAAAUUGUAAAUGGAAUUGCCCUGUCUUCUUUAUCCAGCCUGCUGAAUCUGUAUGUCCCCGCUCGGGCUCUCCGUUCUCAGGGGAUUGGACUUCUGAAUAUCCCGAAGGUCUGUAAAAAGACUGUGGGGGAACGGGCUUUUUCUUUCCGGGCACCUACAUUGUGGAACAGUCUGCCUGCUGAAAUCAGGCAGGCAUCGUUCAUUAAUGUAUUUAAAACUAAGCUGAAGACCCACUUGUUUUCUCUUACAUAUGAAUCCUAAAUUGUUUGUUUUACUGAUGUCUUUUUUGUUCUCUUUUUAUUGUUUGUAUUUUUAUCUGUUUUUAUUUAUCUGUUUUUAUUUCUGACUGCUGCAGAAAAGAAACAAAGUGGUGCAUAAAAAAAUUACCAGAAUGCAGAAAAUGAAAUGUUUGACCCUCAAUAUUCAAAUGAAACCAACUCUGACCGCUGAAGCUUAAUUCUGAGCCAAUAAACUCGCUGUUUACAUAACAGUAAAUUAUCAUUAUUCAGUUUUAAUCUCUUCCACAAAGAGUGACUUAUGAACCAUCCGGUGCACACUUAACACCACACCAGAAUGCUCACUUGCUGCUUAACAUUCCUGUUGUGGUUUUAGUUUUUUUGGCUCUUUGUCUUCUGCAGACUGAGAGGUGUCAGUGCCA